AUGGAUUGGAAAAACCGUCUCGACCAAAUAAAAAACAAGAUAAAGUCUCAACUCCACGCUAAAGGUGUUGACAAUCUCCUCCAACUUCAAAGCGUUUUUACAGAAUUCGAUAAGGAUUAAUCUGGAACUCUCGAUAAGUUAGAGUUUGAAGAGAUGAUGUCAAAGUUGGGAGUCUUCCUAGCUAGACAAGAACUUACCACUGUCUACAAUCACUUUGAUGCUAACAAGGACGGUCACAUUCAGUAUGAGGAAUUCAUUGGCACUUUAAGACAAGAUAUUAAUGAAAAGAGAUUGGCAGUUGUAAAACAUGCUUGGCAAUUUCUUGAUAAAUCUUCUACUGGAAGAGUUCCACUAGGAUCACUCUUGAAAUCCUAUUAGGUUCAAUCCCACCCAAGAGUAUUGACCAGAGAAAAGAAUGCAGAGAAAGUAUACAAUGAGUUUGAGACCUGCAUUGGUGCCAGAGCAGGAGGUGGCCAAGUUACUGAAAGUUCAUUCCUUGAGUACUACGCUGAUAUCAAUGCCUGUCUUCCAGCUGAGAAGGACGAUUACUACGUUGAUCUUGUGCUUAAGACAUGGGGUCUCAAUACUGAUAAAGCCUUCGUCUCACCCCAAAGACUUCAAGAAAUUGAAAACAUUAUCUUUGAGAAGGUUAGAUAAAGAACCCACGGUGCUGAUGAUGAAGGUAAGACAGUGAAAAAGAUCUUCAAGCACUUUGAUCUUGAUGGAUUCGGUACAAUUGAACCAAACGAAUUCAGAAAGGCUCUAGAGACUCUUGGAUGCGUCUUCAAGGACUUCGAAAUGGAUGCUAUCUUCAGAAAGUACGAUGCUAACGAAAAUGGAAAACUUGACUACGAAGAGUUUGCCAGCUCUUUCGCAAGAAUGGGAAGUGGAAACAACCCAAAUGUCAACCCAGUUUUCGGCUUAACUAGAGAGCCACCCAAUCAAGUCAUUGACAAAAUUAAGACAGUUCUUAAAGCUAGAGGUGCCCAUGGUAUUAGAGGUCUCGGAAUCGUCUUCAGAAGAAUCGAUAAUAGCAGAGAUAGAAAACUUGAUAGACAAGAGUUCAUGUGGGGACUUAGAGAGAAUGGCCAUGAUCUUACCCCAUCUGAGUUCGAAAGAAUCUUCAAGUAUUUCGAUAAGAACAAUGACGGCAAGGUCAGUUAUGAUGAAUUCUUGAGAGCCUUAAGAGGUGAGAUGAACCAAAGAAGAAGAGAACUCAUCAUGCUAGCAUUCAAAAAGUUAGACAAGACUGGAGAUGGCAGAAUCACUGUUGAUGAUCUCAAGGAUUCAUAUGACGUGAGCUUCCAUCCAGAGUUCAAACAAGGCAAGAAGUCCAAGCAAGCUAUUCUAGAGGAGUUCAUGCAACAAUGGGAUACUCUCAAUAAGGACGGUAUUGUAAAUCCAGAGGAAUGGGAAGACUACUACAAGGAUGUCAGUGCCUCAAUUGAUGAUGAUGACUACUUUGAGCUAAUGAUUAGAAACGCCUGGCACAUUGCUGGAGGUAAAGGCCAAUACGAGAACACCACAAUCAAGAGAGAGCUAGUUAGAGAUGCUGAUGGAACUGAGAGAGUUGUCAUGGCUAAGGGACAUGAAAACUUCACUUACGAUAAGAACGCCUCCAAAUUCUGGGGUGCUGAUAUUCGCUGA